CAGCGGAGUGGAGAGUCUCGUGCUCCGAAUGGGAAAACAGAACGUGGCUCGCGCUCCGGUGAGCAGCACGCGCUGGACUUCUGCAGCAGUGAUGAACGUGUCCGAUGUGAACUGGACGUUAGACUUGGGGUCUAAUGUAACCCUGCUGCCAUAUUACCUGCACUCCUCUGCGAUGGCCAUGAGCUACAUCCUGUCUUACCUGCUGGUGCUGCUGCUGUGUGUGUGUGGUAACGGUCUGGUGUGUGUGGUGGUGCUGCGGAACCGCAACAUGCGCUCCGUCACCAACCUAUUCAUCCUCAACCUGGCAGUCAGCGACCUGCUGGUGGGGGUGGUCUGUGUGCCCACCACGCUGAUCGACAGCCUCAUAUCAGGUUGGCCCUUCAGUCAGACUACCUGCACCCUCAGUAAUCUCAUCCAGGGCAUGUCUGUGUCUGCAUCGGUCUUUACACUCGUCGCCAUAGCAGUGGACAGAUAUACAGGCAUUGUGCACCCGUUUCGUCACCGUCUGCGGCCAAUCACAGCUCUCUUUGCCAUCUUCUUCAUUUGGCUGCUAGCUUUCGCCAUCAUCUUCCCCUCGGCCGCCACACUGACCGUCAUCCACCUGGACGACACCUACAUGGUUCAGGACAACCAGACAUACCCGCUGUUUGUUUGUUACGAGGAUUGGCCCCAAGCUGACAUGAGACGGAUCUACACCACUGUGAUCUUCGUCCAUGUCUACCUAGCACCACUAGCACUAAUUAGCAUCAUGUACGGCUGCAUCGCCGCUAAGCUAUCAGGAAACCUGCGGCACAACGGAGGUUCCGAGGCUCGGAGGGGGCGCUCCAGGCGCAGGGUGAAGGUCAUCAAGAUGCUAAUCAUGGUGGCCACGUUGUUCAUGGUGUCGUGGCUGCCACUGUGGACGCUAAUGCUGCUAACAGACUACCAGGAUCUGAACCGACAGCAGAUUGACUUCCUCAGCAGCUACCUGUUUCCCGUGGCCCACUGGUUAGCCUUCUUCAACAGCGGUGUCAAUCCCAUCAUCUACAGCUUCUUCAACGAAAAUUUCCGACGAGGUUUCCAGGCUGCAGUGGCCUGCCGGUCCUGCAACUUGCCACCAGUUGCCAUGUGUGCCAGACGGUUUGCGGUGCUACCAGCUAACAAGGUGUCUGUCGGGAAUAGAGAAGCGAACAGCGGAAAGAAAGAGCUGAGAGGAACUCAGGUUCAGGGCAUUCUUCUGGAGGACUUGGACAGGCUAACUGCAGUCAAACAGAUGAACGGAGCCUGGACAGAGUGA